GUUUUUCAGUUGGUUUGUAUUUUGAAGCAGAAUAUAUCUUCGAUUGUUUCGAAAAUACACGCUUGAUGAUGGCUCAGACACCAGUAGCCAAGGUACAGAAGAGCGCCCUGAGGGAUAAUAACACAUUUUCUCCAUUUUAUAUUCCUCCAUCACCAGCCAUGACUAAACUAGGUUGUGGUACUGGUGUUAAUGUCUAUCGGUUCCUUCGCACUUCACAAGAAGGACAGUCACCAUGGGCCGUCAAGAAAGUGGCCAAAAGGGCUCGUCCAGGCAUAAGUGAACGACUAGCACUCGAAGCAAGCAUAUUGAAAACACUCCAGCAUCCUAACAUCGUUGGUUUUCGUGCUCUGGCAGAAAAUAAAGACGGUGAUUUUUGCCUUGCCAUGGAAGAUUGUCACAUGUCGUUGAGGGAUCUAAUAGAUGAGAGGGAAUACCUUGAAGAAAGAUUCACUUAUAAAGAGGUCCUGAAAGUAGCUUGGUCAAUAGCUAAAGCACUCAAUUACUUACAUAACGAGAAGAAAAUUCUUCAUGGCGAUCUCAAGAGUGGGAAUGUUUUGAUUCGUGGUAACUUUGAAGCUGUGAAGCUAUGUGACUUUGGUGUAGCACUCAGACUGAAAGACGACUUGAGUUGUGUUGUAGGAUCUCCCAAACGGUACAUUGGAUCUGAGCCAUGGAAAAGCAGAGAAGCCUUGACACAAGAUAAUGGAGGAAGAGUGUGUGAUAAAACAGAUAUAUUCGCUUAUGGACUAAUGAUCUGGGAGAUGCUCACACUUGGUGUUCCACAUGUAGACCUUCUCCAGGAUAUUGCAACAAGUACAGAUGGAACAAUGAGUGAAGAAGAAGAAGAUUCUGAAGAAUAUCUAGCUGCUCUUGGCACACGCCCACCCCUCCCCAAAGAAAACUUUGACAAGUCAUUUGACCCUGUUAUUGAGCUUUUCUAUGGUUGUUCAGAAGAGGACCUGAACAAGAGGCCAUCAACCAAGGAAGUUGUAGAUGCUCUAAGACCCCAUGUUUUAGAGCUCAAGAUUGAGAAUUUCUAGGACAGCUAUAAAACCCGAAUAAUGUAGAGAUAGAAUUGGUCCUGAAAAUGACUAGAUUAGUGAUGUUUUUACGAUAUAAUCUGGUCCUUUGGUCUGGGUCCUCAUGCCUAAGACAAGCAAAUAUGUAUGAUAAAAUGUUUAUGAAAAUACUUGGGAACCCAGGGGUAAAGUUCUGUCACUCGUUUCUCGCUCACAGGAAAAAAAAAACCCUGGGCACAAAGCUUAUUCAGGAAGUCAAAAUUCAAAUUAACACCUUCACAUGUUUGUUUACAUAUACUACUUGAUGCUUAUGGGUCAACCUCAGUGCGUCGACUAAUCAGGAAAGAGAUUGAUUCGGACUUCUGGAAUGAGCUCAAAUUCCAUCAAAUAGUUGGUACUAAAUGUUAUUGAUGGAAGCCAAAAUCCCGAGUGUCUAGGUGCAGAUAUCACAGUUCCACGGAACACAUGAAAACAGUUCCAAACUAGUAGUACUGUAAACAGCAGGGGAGGGGGAAGGGGGAUAUGAGGUCAUUGAGUUAUAUAGAUCAAAAUGUUAAUUAGUAGUUUUCAAGAUUCUACUUGUAUUAGUUACGUAGUACUGUUGUAUAGAAAAAAAGAAAAUAGAGUUUUAUAAAGAAUAUCAAGCAAUGUCAUAGCAA